GCUUAAUUGGUAGAUUUCAACAGAUCAGGUCGGGGGCGAAUUUUGUUCGGAUAUAAAUUGAUUAACCGUUACAGGUUCCGUGUGUUAACGUUUUCGACAUCGUCAGAUCUGUUGGUAUUUUGUAUUAAUCGGGAUAACAGUUUUAGUUAAUUUUCAGUCAAAAUGAUACAAAAAAAUUUCUUGUAGCGUGCUGGAAAAACGACAGAGUUUUCGCUCAAUUGUUAGACUCGACCAAAGAUACUUUCAUAGAUUUUUAUUUUUUUAAAACUACAAUGCUGUCAAAAAUUCUGUGGGUGUUGAUUUCUGCCUUCCUCUCAUUGGGUAUCUGUACACAGAAAAGAGCGCUCCCAGAUCCCAAGGCGUUCAACGGAAUGAUGGCGGCCAUGUCUUUACCCACAAUGCAACAGGAAAAUUUCCAAAAAAUGUGUUUACAAAGUAUACCAACACAAGUUUUACUUCAAGAGAUAUACUCUCGUAUGGGACGAGAAGACUCAAUGAGCAAAUCACUUCCGGAUCCGGUUGACCAGGACCUAGACAGAGCAUCACAGGAAGACAACAUUAUGGCACAGAAACGCGGCGGUAGACAUAAGAUUUCCGGAUUCUACAGCAACUGGUAGAGCGCUUCAAUGAACUAUGUUCUCCCAUUGUGGGACGUCAUCUAGAAAUCAAUUGUGUUACGUCAUCUAGAAAUCAAUCCGUGUUUCCUACCGAGAUAAAAUAAAAUCAUUUUAACAUU